UAUGAAAAUGGCCACAGUUCAUAAUAAAAAUUUACAAAAUUGUUCAAACACAACAACAACGCUAACUACAUCAUGGGCCGGUAAUAAACCCAAAACGAAAACCGGUGCCAUGGUCUGGCUUAUAAUGGCCGUACUGUUUGUUUAUUUAUGUAGUCUUGUGAGUUUCGGAGCUGCUCAUGUCGCAUUAACGUAUCCACCUGCGCGCAAAUAUGAUUUGGAUUUUUUGGAUAAUUCACGUACGAAGGGACCCUGCGGCAUGCCAAGAGGUUCAAUAAGCACUUCAAUUUUGUCAGGGACAAAGUUUAAUGCUACUUGGCACUUAGCGUAUCCACAUAAGGGAGGUUUUCGUCUUCAACUGCUCGAUGCCUUAGAUCGACCUGUAUUGGAUUUGACACCACAUAUACAAGGUUCCGAAUUUUUGCGUACUGAUGUAACGGCACAAUCGUACGAAGUAAGCAUACCUAACGAAUUCGAGUGCCACAAUUGCACAUUACGUUUACUACGUCAGGCCGAUGAAUGGGGCGGUAACUAUCGCUUUUGGUCUUGCGCUGAUGUCGACAUCAAAAAUCGAAAAGAGUUUAGAGAAAACUGUUCUGGAAAUGGCAAACAUUAUCCAACACGUUGUAAAUGUGAAAAAAAUUAUUAUGGUCCACAGUGCCAAUACAAAGAUGAAUGUACUACGAAUCAAGACUGUGGUCUUCAAGGAAAGUGCAUAGAUUUACAGAGCACAUCAUUGCCACGACGACAAUGCUAUUGUAACCUUGGUUGGUAUGGUAUAGGUUGUAACAAACGUUCUCCAUAUAAGACUACAGAACUAGAUUUCUCUGCAUAUAAAAAGAAAGUACUUUCACCCGAUUAUCAUUUGUUUUGGCGUGUAUUAGAAGAGCAAAAAGAAAUUGAAAUGGUAUUAAAAGUGAACGGUACAUCAUGGGUUGGCUUAGGUUGGCGUCCAAAUUCAUUGACCAAAGCAUGUAAAAACUUUCCACUUAUUGGUGAUAAUUUAAAAGCAGAUUUAAAAUUAAGUGAGAUUGAACCUAAGUCUGAACCUGAACCAACCUCAGAGCCAGAACCAAAAUAUGAACCAGAACCUUCCUCAGAACCGAAAUCAGAACCAGAGCCAAAAUCAGAGCCACCCAGUGCUGAACCUCAACCAGAACCUAAAUCCGAGCCGGAACCAACAUCAGAGCCGAAAGCAGAACCUGAACCCACAUCAGAACCAAGCAGCGCAGAGCCGCAAGCGGAACCUAAGUCAGAGAAAACUAAACGUUUAGCGGAAAAUCAUGUGGAAAAUGUGACACCAAAUAUGGAUGGCGUUAGUUCUAUUGCAACCAGCGUAUCAUAUCGUGUUAGCACAAAAGCUGGACGCCGCCGUCGUCAAAUAGAAGUACCCACAACUACACCUGAACCAAAAUCAGAACCAGAACCUACAUCAGAACCAGUAAGUACAGAGCCACAGGCAGAACCAACAUCAGAGCACACAACCGCAGAGCCUCAACCAGAACCAAAAUCUGAACCAGAAGUAAAAUCAGCACCAGUAAGUUCAGAACCAAAGACAGAGCCGGAACCAAAAUCGGAACCUGAACCAAAAUCAGAACCUGAACCUGAACCAAAAUCAGAACCUGAACCUGAACCAAAAUCAGAACCUGAACCAAAAUCUGAACCUGAACCAAAAUCAGAACCUGAACCAAGCUCGGAACCGGAACCAAGUUCAGAGCCGGAACCGAAAUCAGAACCAGAACCAAAAUCAGAACCAGAACCAAGUUCAGAGCCGGAACCGAAAUCAGAACCAGAACCAAAAUCGGAACCGGAACCCAGUUCUGAACCUGAACCGAAAUCCGAGCCUGAGCCUAAAUCAGAUGCCGAAUUAGUUGUAAAGAAAACCUUAACACCACAAACUUCAGAUGAAGUCAAUUUAAAACUUAAUCCAUACACUCCACGACAUGACUUCAAUCCUAUGGAUUGCACAGAUAUCGUCAUUGGCUCCGCACGUGGAAAAGCAAGUCGUGUUGGUGAUUAUUAUACACGAGACCGUUCCACACCACGAAUUGAUGAAUUUUAUGGCGGAAAAUCUGAUCUAUCAUUAGGUACUGGCUUCGAGGAAAAUGGUGUAACAACCAUCAUUUUCCGUAAAAAAUUAGCUGCAACAGAGCCUACAGAUCAUGCCAUUGAAGAUGCGUUAACACAUCUAAUUUGGGCCCGAGGCCAAGAACCCAAUAAAUACGUACAUAUUCCACCAUCUGGUAUUGAAACAGAAGCCGCUUCGGUUCAAGAAUUUUAUCAACCAGAUGAAUUAAAAUAUCAUGGCCACAAUAUGCAGCGCGGUGCAACAGUUAUAAAUUUCUUAGAAAAGGAAAAGCCCAUCAAUAAUGAGAGCAGCAAUAUCAAAGACACCACUACUAAUACUUUGGAAAACAAUUGCUUUGGUCACUGGAAAUAUCCAUCAAACUGUUUACCUGAAAAUCACACUUGUGAAUACUAUGCUUCCUGGGCAACUGUGGGUCGAGGUGAUGAAAUGCGUUGGCAUGUCGAAACAAGCAAUACCCAAAAAUGGACUGGUAUUGCUUUUAGUAAUGAUGAGAAAAUGUCACAAACCGACGCUAUAAUCGGUUGGGUAGAUAGAAAUGGGCGUCCAUUUUUAAUGGACACUUGGAUUAAUGGUUAUUCAGCGCCUAAAUUAGAUGAUCGACAAGACAUUUAUAAUGCUUCCGGCCGUAUAGAGAAGGGUGUUACAAUUUUAGAAUUUAACAGAAAACGCAUUAGUAACGAUGAACAGGAUUUAUCUUUCACUGAGGAUCAUUGUUUGUAUUUAUUUUUCCCUGUUUUGGGAGGUGAAUUCAAUCCAGUUAACAAAAAGAUACGUAAACAUGAACAAAUACCAGCAGUGUCAUCGAAACGUGUAUGCUUAAAAUCAUGUGGUAAAGAAUUGGAAAACCUUUAUAAUGCACCAACAACUCCAGCACCUGACCGUUUAGUCUAUUCUGUUGGAGUUAAAUUAAUGAACUUGGCAGAAUCUUUUGAGGCACCAAAACCCGGCACAGUAGAAUUUAAUAAUUUGGCUGCAACUAUUUCAGAUUCCUUCAACGGCAUAUUGAAUAACAUACCAGGCUAUUAUAAAACUGAAAUUUUAGGUUUCGAAAAAGAGGGGACUUCAAUGGUAGCUAAAUUACACACUAUGUUUGAUAAAGCAGCUUAUGAAAAAGGGCAAGCUAUUGACACUAACGCUAUACCAGAUAAUGACAGUGAGUCAAACUUGAAGAGGGGUGAAAUCAUAAAAAGCGCUUUGUUAGAGAAGGUUGCAUCAGGCCGUGUUGGAUCCUUAACUGUAGAUCCACAAUUUUUAGAUUUUGAAGCAUUACAAUUCAAAUCUGCAGAAAAUGAUGAUGAAAAAGACACAUCAUUCUUAGCGCUGGCUGGUACUCGAUUAUAUAUUGUCCUGGGUAUCUUAGCUGCAUUGAUUUUCGUUGCAUUGAUACAAAUUAUAUGCACAGUGUAUUCUACUACGCGUAAAAGUAAAACUCAAAAGGACACGCUUAUACAGAAUUCGCCUUGGAAAGAAUUUGCCUCAAAUACAAAUUAUGCUUUUAAUCCCUAUGGUGAAACGGAAGAGAAAACUAUGACAACAACAACAACAGCUUCUGGUAAAGAGAAAUCUCGUAAUCGAUCUUCGACGAGCAGUAGCCAACAAACAACGUUGCCUAUGUCACAUUCGCCAACAAGUAAAUCGCAACUCUAUUACGAGGGUAUGAAUGGCAAUGGCACUAGUAACAACAAUCAAAAUCGAACCAGAAAUAACUAUGAAAAUGGUGGACGCACCCAACAGCGCAAUGGCAGCAGCAAUAGCCACUCGAAUGGACAUUACGAACGUAAUGGAUCAAACGACCCAGCGCACUACAGUCGCAAUUCAUACGGUGAACGUGCUUACUCCUUACCACGUCAGCAACAUCAGCGCUCACAGCAGCAGGAAAGCAGCAUGCAACCAUCAGGAUAUUACACACACGAUCGUCGCACGCCACGUCAAACAUCAGCCAACGAUGAACGCAGACAUUAUCGCGAUAAUUCCAGGGAGGAUCCACGCAUGACUGGUGGCGCUGAUACGCCUGAUUUCUACUUUAUGCCAUCCCAACGUAAAUAUUCCGGUGAAGUUGUACGCGUUUAUGUGGACUACAAUAAGGAUCCAAAGCAUUAAAAAGUCAAACUCAAGAAGAAAAAAAUUAUGUGGUAGACUCCAUUGUUAGCCGCCCAUAUUGACAAAUUGAUGCAAUGAUAAUUUAAAAGACUUACGUCGCCACAAAUAUAAAUAAGAUACAAAAUAAUAUUAAUAUUAGAUAUAAAUUUAUACUUAAAAUAAGUAUAAAAAAUAUUUGCAGCACUACUGCAUAUAUGUUGAUUGUAUGCAUAUUGCCAAGCUUUCUCUACGUAACUUAAUAAUUAUUUAAUAUUAUUAAUAGUUCAUAAACAGUAAAAUACGGAAAACGGAAAAUGGAAAAUGAAAAAUGGUGCAUAAGACGUUUGGCAAGAAAAUAACCAAAAAGACCUCCCGCAUAUCACAAAAGUGUUAUAAAAUAGCUUUACCAAUGUACAAUUUAUCUCUCUACACUGCACAAAGUUAGUUUCAUUAAUUUAUUAAUAUUUAAUAGACUUCACCUCAUCACCACCAAAUAGAAAAUUAUUUACAAUUGUU